UGUCGUUGUAACUAUAAUUUAUUGACCAAUUUAUUAGGUAUGAUUUACGAUGGGUACUUAAGUCAUGGUUAAAAUUAAUAAAAUGCAACGUAAACAUUAUUCAGAAAACUUGUGCAGUUUGGUAGCAAUUGGCAUAGUCAGAGAACGAAUAUGAUCAUGUUUGGUAAAAGAAUAAAAGAGUCUAUUCUGUAUCCAGCCACAGUUGGAGUGCUGGUAUUCAUUUUCAUUGCGUUUGAGCCGUGCGCUGCAAUUCUCAUGAGGUACGAUAUUCUAUUGCCAGUAGAAAGAGUCGAGAGAAGGCAUCACACUGUGGAGAAUCACUACAAAUUUGAGAGGGCAAAGGUAAUUGAACGAGAUCAUUUUCACGACCAGUAUGUCAAUCUGAAGAUUUGCGGGGCGGAAGAAACAACAGAAUAUGUGAACAAUGGCAGAAUAACAUUUUUCCAAUGCCUUAAUCGAACGCCGAGGAUUGCUAAAAUAUCCAUGCAUGUCAUUCAAGGAGGACUAGGAACACCUGAAUUGGUGGUAAAAGUCACUUAUACACCUGUACAAUUUUUGGUAAGAAGUAUGUUAAACAUAACUUGUCAUAUACGGACGGAGAAUAUGUAUGAUGGUACAGUUGGAGAAAAGCUCUUGCUGAAUUUGUCUGGUGUUCAAGAAACAAGAACACUGCUUGCACCAGUUGUACUUGGAAGGGAAAUGAAGGAAGCAAAAGAAUCAACAGAUCAUCGCUCUGUGACUGAAGCGUCAACUGGAUAUACAGUAAAGUUGAAUGAAUCAAGUAGCAAUACCGGAAAACUUGUGACGAGUUCUUCCAUUGAAGCUACUAGUCUCAGAGCACAUAAGAUGACAGUGCAUGCUAAGUCGUUUGGUGAAUUAAAUGUUGAUACGUUAGGAACAGAUAAAACCAAGUUCCGUACAACAGGAGCAAGUCUGAGCACAAGUAGUACAGAUAACAAUGAUAGGAAAUCAACUUUAACUCCAAGUACAAUUAAUUUGAACUGUGUAACUUGUGAGGAACCUGCAAAAUCAAUUAUACCAAAUGGAGAAGUACACAUGUCCACUGGGAAGAUGACGACGACUAAUACUAAUAGAAAAUUAACUACAGAUAUAAGAAAUUUUGUUGGAUCGAGUAUGAUAAGCUCUCACAUCGGAGCUAAAAGUCAGAAUACACACACAACAGCACAUACUACAGUGACAAAUCCACUAACAAUGAAUAUGUAUGGAAGAACAACCUUAGGUACUGAGAAACUUAAAAUGCAUGCUAAAGGAAUGAGUGUAAAAUCGAUUACCGAAGAUCCUAAAUGUGGUACGUUGAAUGAUGAGAUCAUUUCAAGUUUGGGAACAAGCCAGAGACCUGGAAAACCAAGAUCAAAGCUGAAGUAUAGUAAUAAAACUGAAAAAAAAGAAAAGCCAACUCGAGAACAUGAUCUGACCACUGUGCCAGAUGAAGGAAUAGUUCUGGAAUUAGACGAAACUACAUGUUCUGGUGAAACUUGUAUGAUCAAUGCAAUGGGAGAGAAAACAACAGCAAGUACUAGCACCGCGACUCAACUACUAAUAAGCACAAGAACUGUUGAAUUGAGUUUGCAGAAAAGUCAGACAAGUCCAACAAGUCCAACAAUAGAGAAGAUAACUCGAGAGGCAAAAAUUGAUGGUUCAAAACUGCGUUAUAAAAUUAUGAAGGUUGUGACAUCUCCAUGGUUCAAUUCAGCAAUAAAGGCUGUGCCAAAAGACAUGAAAAAAAAGAUAAGCUUGGCAAAGAUAACUUAUUAAAUUCAAAUAUGAAAUGAUAUAUGCGAGCGAGAAGUUUAUUCUUGUAUAGUUUAUUUAUAAAAGAAUGGUAAUAAAUCAUAGUAACAAGA